AUGGGUUCUUCGCAAAGUUCUGAAGUUCCAGGAGGUGGUUCUGAAGGAUACCAUAUUCUGAGGGUCCAAGACGGUUCACCGGGACAACAAGUCAAUCUUGAACCAUUUUUUGACUUUAUUGUAGCUAUAGAAAAUACUAGAUUAGAUCAAGACAAUGACACUCUUAAGACACUCUUAAAACAGAACAUUGAUAAAACAAUAAAGAUGCUUAUUUAUAGCACUAAGACUCAAUCUGUAAGAGAAGUUAUGAUUACUCCAAGUGCAAAUUGGGGAGGACAAGGUUUACUGGGUGUCAGUAUAAGAUUUUGUUCUUUUGAAGGAGCUAAUGAAAAUGUUUGGCAUGUACUUGAAGUACAUCCAUCAUCACCAGCAGAAUUAGCUGGGUUGAGACCCUUUUCGGAUUAUAUAAUUGGGGCAGAUUCCAUUAUGCAUGAAAGUGAAGAUCUAUUUACAUUAAUAGAAGCUCAUGAAGGAAGGGCCCUGAAGCUCUAUGUUUACAAUAUUAAUGAUGAUACAUGUCGUGAAGUUCUUAUUACACCAAAUCAUAACUGGGGUGGAGAAGGCAGCCUUGGAUGUGGCAUUGGAUAUGGUUAUUUGCAUAGAAUUCCAAUAAGAGGUAGUCCACCAGUGCCUAAUCAAAAGCCAUACACUGUAUCAGCACCAAUGGUCUCAUCACAAAAUGUCAAUUUACAACAACAAGUAUUAGUGUCAGAUAUUCAAAACCUUAAUAUAACAACUGAAUCAACUCAUGUGACAAAUGCUAAUGAGGGCACAAAUCAAGCAGAAGUGCAUGUUUCUCAACCUCCAUUUUUAUCAGGUGUACCAAUGGUAAAUCCUGGAUCUUAUAUACCUUCCACUGAACGUUUGCCAACAUCAAGCAUGGCAGAACAGGGCAUGAUACCACCUAGCAUGUCCCAGCCACCUAUGUCACAAACUCACUCUAUGGUGUCAAAUAUGGCUGCAUAUUCUAGCAAUCUAGCAGACACUACAUUGACCAAUUUGGGCAGUAUACCUUCAGUUUCCAACAUGCAACCGCCAGCACCUUUACCAAAUUUACCUGGUAUUCCAAUGAACCAACCACAGCCAUACAUACCUAUGAUGCAAAAUUAUACACAGUCCCAAACUUUAAUGCCUUCGGCUUUAGAGCAAGCUCAGUUACCACCAAGUACAAUUCAGUCUCCCCCGAGCUUAGUUCCAACUUUUGACAUGAGUAGUUUUGCCCAAGCUCCUAUUCAACCUCCUCCGUUAAGCAGUGGUCUACCAAUAGUCACUCCAGUAUCACUACCAGGAAUGCCUUCAAUAACCGUAAGCGCAACACUGCCAGUAUCUACUAUGCAAGAAAUUCAUCAACAGCAAGUACUACAACAGCAAGACUUACUAUCA